CAAAAUCAUUCGUUUUAAGGUAGAUGCAAAUUAAAACCACAAUCAAGAACCAGUCCACAUGCAAUAUAAGGGCUAAAAUUUAGAAAAACAACAAGACAAUACUACAUAUUGGCAAGAUUUUGAAGCAAGUGCCAUACUUUUCUGGAGGGAAUGUAAAAUGUUUCAAUCACUUUGAAGAACAUUUUGGUAAUUUCUGUAAAGUUAAAUGUAUAGUUACCAUAUGACUCAGCAAAUCUACUGCUUAAUAUUUACCCAAGAGGAAAAAAAAAAACAAAACACCUAUGUUUACAAAACAGUUCACCGAAACAGUUCAUUCAUCACUGCCCAAAACUGGAAAUAACCCAAACGUAUACAGAUAGGUGAACGAAUAAACAAACUGCAUAUUCAUACAGUGAAAUUCUACUCAGCAAUAAAAGGAAUAAACUAUUCAUAUAUACAACAACAUGGAUGAAUCUCAAAAAUAUUAUGCUUACCUAAAGAAGCCAGACACAAGGGAGUAUGUACUGUAUGACUCCUUUUAUAUGACAUUUGUGAACUAAUCUCCAGUGAUAGACUUCAGGUCACUUGUUACCCUAAGUGAGAGAUAGUUAGACUGACUAGUUAAAGGCACAAGAUAACUUCCUCGGGAGAUAGAAAUACUUUGUAUCUUUUUGGGAUCAUGGUUAUUUCAAAAGACUUUGGAUUUUACAUGUAUCAUGGAUACUUUUUAUUUCAUGAAAAUUAUACUUACAAUGUUGAUUUAAAAAUAUAUUGUAUAUAUUUCUGAAAGAAACAAUGAUUUAUAUUCUUGUAUUAUUUAACACUUCUGGAAUGUAGUUAAUGAAAAUUAGAGAUAAAAUGCAAACAAGCUGUAAGUAUUUUAAAAAGGAAGGGUACCACUAUUUGCAGAUGAAAUCGUAUUUCCGGAAAGUCAAGGUAACAGGGUGAAAUAGCUCUGGGAUUACUGAGAAGUCUUAAUAAAGUGUCUGGAUAUAAGAUAAAUAUACUUUUCUUGGACAAAAUAAAUAGUACAUCCUUAAUAGCAGUACAAAAUAUUAAAACAAAAAUAUGAAAUUUGUAUGAUCAAUCUUUACAAAAUAUGCACAGACCUGUAUAAAUUUAAUAUUGAGAUAAAAGGAAGACAAAUAAAUGGGAAACUACAUUUCUGGGUGAAGAGACAAAGCACUAAAAAUAUGUUCUUUAUAAAUUACUUCCUAGUUUUAAUGAAAUUCCAAUAAAAUCCCCAAAAGAGAGGAGCUUUGAAAAUUUUGAAAAGAGUGAAAAGGGGACUGGCACUGUCAGGGUUACAAUAUAAUUUAAUCUCUGAUAAUCAAAUCAGUCUAAUCAUAGCAAUAUAAUAAAAAAUUGAAACAGAUCAAUUGAACAGAAUAGGUAGCCCGGAAACAGAUCUUAUUAUGAACUAAUUAUGUGUAUAUGACAAAAGUGGUAUUACAUCACAAUGCAGAAGAAAAAGAUUAUUCAUUAAAUGGUGUUGGUGUAACAAAUAAAGUAUUAAUGCAGAUUUUCAUCCCAUGGUGUAUGCCAAAAUAAAUUCCAAAAUCAAAUUUUUACUAAAGCCUUUAAACAAAUAUAAAUGAAGGUAAAUAUUUAUUAACUAAAGUGUUCUAAUACAUUGCAAAGGCAACAAGUAGCAAAUUUGCCUACGUAAAAUUUCCCUUAGAAGAAAGUUCAAUGAAGUGCAACAGACCCUAGAGAUCUGACUCAUCACUAGCUUCUAUGUCUAGCACACAGUGUGUGCUCUAAUAAAUCUUUACAGAACACAUGAAAACUUUUUUCUUACUUUUUUGAAAGGCAGCAGCACUAUCAUUUUUUAACAAUAUGACAAAUUGGGAAAAAUGUGUCAUAUAUGAAGCAGGAUUAGUAUCCUCUUAUUAAACAUUUGAUUAGUAUACUCUUAUUAAACAUUUAUACAAAUGGUAAACUUCAUUAAGACCCAUGAGGUACACAAGUAUGUGAACAAACUGCCACAAAAGAGGGGAUACAAAGAUCAAUCAAUAUUGGGGAAAUGUUGAAUGUGAAUAACAGAAUUGAAUAUUAUCUGUCAAGUUAAAAUUUUUUUUUAAAUAAAAAAUAGCAAUAUCCAAUGCUGGUUUGAGUAUAAGUGUAAUAGGUCAUCUCAUACAAUUUGGGGGACUUAAUACGAACUUCAUAGAAGGGUGAUUUUGCAUUCUAUGUUGACAGCCUUAAAAAUAUCUACCACUUUUGAUCCCGUAAUUAUUUUUCAGAUAAUUUAUCUUAAAACAUUACUUGUUAGAAAGAAAAAAAGUUUAUGAAAAAAGGUCAUCAUAUGAUCACAGAUAUUAGUAAAAUUGGGCAAAUACAUGUCAAACAAUGGGAAAAUGAAUCUUAUGGCAUAGCCUUUCAAUGGAAUAGUACAUAGCCAUUUAAAUUAUUUAAAAAAUUAUUCCAUAUUUAUUUAAAUUAUUUACCUUUAUUGUCCCAUUAAACAGAGGAGGAAGCUGAUACACAGCGGGUUUAUGUGACUUGUUCAGUCUCUGAACUAACUAGCAGGAUGUGAUAUCGAGCAGGCUGCCUUCCUAGUCCACACUCUUAAUCAAUGCACCAUACCGCCUGUGUUUGUUAAAACAUAAAAAAAAAGUUUUCAGUAAUUUUAUGGGUGUGUGUGCACAGGUGCACCUAUGGGGGGCUCCUUGAGCUCCUCUGUACACUUUCACAUCUUCCAAAGUUUCUACAAUAAGCAUGAUUUUUAAACAUUGUAAAUGACCUUAAUAAAUUGUAAUAUUCUUUUAUAAUCCUCAAGUAAACUUCAUUUUGUGUAGUCACACUCAAGAGUUUUCAUCUUGGGAUUACUGUCACCCCCUAUUUCCAGUUCUCUCUCCAUAGAUGCCCUGGAGAGCCUCUGGCCUCGCGUCCAGCUUGCUCACCCGGCCUCCCUGGGCUGCAUCCAUAGUACCAGGAUCCUCACUGUUGAAACGCUCUCUUAUUUCCCUGCGCCGCUGCAGACAGCUCCAGGGUAAAGUUGUCAAGCGUUCAAAGGCCACAGGAACGGAGUCUUCGACCCUCCCAGGUUUCGGCCCCAUGUGGCCUCGCAGAUUCCUAGCGGCCGCGGGUUCAAGUCCCAGCCGCUGACGCAGGCCAGGCACUCACCCGGAAACGCAGCGACCUUCCCAAGAGUGGGGCGCCCGCGGAGAAAUCCCCUGGGACUGGCAGGGCUGGAGUCGGCCUGCGUCGCACAGGCCAGGAGGCCACCGGUGUUUAGGGUUCAGAUCUGGGGACCAGCGCCAGCAGACCGCAGUCCUGCAGCGGCGCCCCUUGAGGACGGCACGCGGAGCCUCAGGGGCAGCAGUCCGCCCGGCUGACCAUCCUUUAUUAAAAUAGGACAGUUCCUGAAAACAAUGCUUAUCUCAAGCUGACUCAAAACUGGCUCUUGAGAAAAUCCGGUGUUAAUUAAAGAGGGUUGUCGGGGACAAAAUUCACGGCUUGUGUUUUGCGGGGGAGUGGUUGUGGGGUGACCUUAAUAUAAACACGUUAUCUCGAGAGUUAAUUAUGUCCCUGGUUGGAAACAGGAGAAGAGGGUGACUGUUUACGCAGUCCAUGGGAACCAGCGUCUCACUUUAGGGGACCGUGGGCAAGGGUCGCCCUUCGAUAGCGCGGCGGCUGGUCCACCAGAGAAACCAAGUUUUCUAGGUCGCCGGGGAAAAGCGGAAAAUUAGACUUGAGCCAGCCUUGCUCCUGUGAGACAUUCGUGCACUCAUAACCCAGCAGUGGGUGCCUCUACCUAGAAUGAGCCCUGCAUUUCCCGGAUCCGUUCAGGGGGAAGCAGCGAAAUCCCCAAAUCCGCUUCCUUACGUGGCUAAUAAAGGGGUGCUUACAGAGCAUAGAAAAACAAAACAAAGAAACAAGAAUACCUUGAGUGUUUUGACGUUUGAAAACCCGACUCCGGAGAAUCAUGGAAUCAUAUUCCAAGUUUCAGUGUCUAAUGAAGUUUAAGGGGACGCCUAUUACUUGGGUUUGUAAAAUCGCGGCGUCGCGCGCGCCCCAAGUCAAAGCUGAGCAGAGCAGGGAUGGGGAGGGUCUCCGGCCCCAGGCGCGGCGCGCGGGGCUUCUGCCCAGUUUCCUGCCUCACAGCCGCGGUGUCCGCCCCGGCCCAGAGCAGUUUGAGCAAUUUAGAAACUCGAUAGGAGGCAGCAGCUGGUCUCCCACCACCCUAAAAAUAAUCCGCUCCGGCGCACUGCGUGCUUCGCCUAGGGGAGGAAAACUGUCAUCGGAGUAAGUGAAUCCGUGUCUUUUACAUGAAUGCCAUUUAAACAUUUUUAGGAAUAACUGAGUUCUGCGUCCGGGUUUGAAAUUUACAUCUUAAGACAGUGUAGGAAGUCGGUGUUUUGAAGGUAGCUCAAGUGCACCGGCAGGGGUUUGAAGCAGCGUGAAGCUAUUGCCCAAGAUCAUAUACCCCUACAAUAUACCCACAGCUACUGAGACUACUGUAAUCUGAUUCACACAGUCUAAAACCACAGGCACUGUUUCUGACGUGCACCAUUGGAUUCCUAGUAACUAGCACGUGGUUAGCAUCAAGUAAACCAUAUAAGAAGAAAUGAGCCUUUCAUUUUGUGGUAACAACAUUUCUUCAUAUAAUAUCAACGAUGGUGUACUACAAAAUUCCUGCUUUGUGGAUGCCCUCAACCUGGUCCCUCAUGUCUUUCUGUUGUUUAUCACUUUUCCAAUAUUGUUUAUUGGGUGGGGGAGCCAAAGCUCAAAAGUACAAAUUCACCACAACACAUGGCUUCAUUUUCCGGGACAUAACCUGAGAUGGAUUCUUACAUUCGCUCUCCUGUUUGUGCAUGUCUGUGAAAUAGCAGAAGGCAUUGUUUCAGACUCGCGGCGGGAAUCAAGGCACCUCCACCUCUUUAUGCCAGCCGUGAUGGGAUUCGUUGCCACUACAACAUCGAUAGUGUAUUAUCAUAAUAUCGAAACAUCAAAUUUUCCUAAAUUACUUUUAGCCCUGUUCCUGUAUUGGGUAAUGGCCUUUAUUACAAAAACAAUAAAAUUGGUUAAGUACUGUCAGUCUGGCUUGGACAUAUCAAACCUGCGUUUCUGCAUCACAGGCAUGAUGGUCAUCUUGAAUGGGCUCUUGAUGGCUGUGGAGAUCAAUGUCAUUCGAGUCAGGAGAUAUGUAUUUUUCAUGAAUCCUCAGAAAGUAAAGCCUCCUGAAGACCUCCAGGAUCUGGGAGUGAGAUUUCUUCAACCAUUUGUGAAUUUGCUGUCAAAAGCAACAUACUGGUGGAUGAACACACUUAUUAUAUCUGCUCAUAAAAAGCCUAUUGAUCUGAAGGCAAUUGGAAAAUUGCCAAUAGCAAUGAGAGCAGUAACAAAUUAUGUCUGCCUGAAAGAUGCAUAUGAAGAACAAAAGAAAAAAGUUGCAGAUCAUCCAAAUCGGACUCCAUCUAUAUGGCUUGCAAUGUACAGAGCUUUUGGGCGACCAAUUCUACUUAGUAGCACAUUCCGCUAUCUGGCUGACUUACUGGGUUUUGCUGGACCUCUUUGUAUUUCUGGAAUAGUUCAGCGUGUGAAUGAAACCCAGAAUGGGACAAAUAACACAACUGGAAUUUCAGAAACCCUCUCAUCAAAGGAAUUUCUUGAAAACGCUUACGUUCUAGCAGUUCUUCUCUUCUUGGCUCUUAUUCUGCAAAGGACAUUUUUGCAGGCUUCCUACUAUGUAACCAUAGAGACUGGCAUUAACCUCCGUGGAGCUCUGCUGGCCAUGAUUUAUAAUAAAAUCCUUAGGCUCUCUACGUCUAACUUAUCCAUGGGGGAGAUGACUCUGGGGCAGAUCAACAACUUAGUCGCCAUUGAAACUAAUCAACUCAUGUGGUUUUUGUUCCUGUGUCCCAAUCUAUGGGCUAUGCCUGUUCAGAUCAUAAUGGGCGUGAUUCUGCUCUAUAAUUUACUUGGAUCAAGUGCAUUGGUCGGUGCAGCUGUCAUUGUGCUCCUUGCGCCAAUUCAGUACUUUAUUGCUACAAAGUUGGCAGAGGCUCAGAAAAGUACACUUGAUUAUUCCACUGAGAGACUCAAGAAAACAAAUGAAAUAUUGAAAGGCAUCAAACUCCUAAAAUUGUAUGCCUGGGAACACAUUUUCUGCAAAAGUGUGGAGGAAACAAGAAUGAAAGAACUAUCUAGUCUCAAAACCUUUGCACUAUAUACAUCACUCUCCAUCUUCAUGAAUGCAGCAAUUCCCAUAGCAGCUGUUCUUGCUACAUUUGUGACCCAUGCGUAUGCCAGUGGAAACAAUCUGAAACCUGCAGAGGCCUUUGCUUCACUGUCUCUCUUCCAUAUCCUGGUCACACCACUGUUCCUGCUCUCCACGGUGGUCAGAUUUGCAGUCAAAGCCAUCAUAAGUGUUCAAAAGCUGAAUGAGUUUCUCUUGAGUGAUGAGAUUGGUGACGACAGUUGGCGAACUGGUGAAAGUUCGCUUCCUUUUGAGUCCUGUAAGAAGCACACUGGAGUUCAGCCAAAAACUAUAAACAGGAAACAGCCUGGAAGAUAUCACCUGGACAGCUAUGAGCAAUCAACACGGCGUCUACGUCCCGCAGAAACAGAGGACAUUGCAAUAAAGGUCACAAAUGGAUACUUUUCAUGGGGCAGUGGUUUAGCUACAUUAUCCAAUAUAGAUAUUCGAAUUCCAACAGGUCAGUUAACCAUGAUUGUGGGCCAAGUAGGAUGUGGGAAGUCCUCGCUUCUCCUUGCCAUCCUCGGUGAGAUGCAGACAUUGGAAGGAAAAGUUCACUGGAGCAAUGUAAAUGAAUCUGAGCCUUCUUUUGAAGCAACCAGAAGUAGGAACAGGUACUCUGUGGCAUAUGCAGCUCAAAAGCCUUGGCUAUUAAAUGCUACAGUAGAAGAAAAUAUUACUUUUGGAAGUCCUUUUAACAAACAGAGGUACAAAGCUGUCACAGAUGCCUGUUCUCUUCAGCCAGAUAUUGACUUAUUACCAUUUGGAGAUCAAACUGAAAUUGGAGAGAGGGGCAUCAACCUGAGUGGGGGACAGAGGCAGAGAAUCUGUGUGGCACGAGCGCUGUAUCAAAACACCAACAUUGUCUUUUUGGAUGAUCCAUUCUCAGCCCUGGACAUUCACUUGAGUGAUCACUUAAUGCAGGAGGGGAUUUUGAAAUUCCUGCAAGAUGACAAAAGGACACUCGUUCUUGUGACUCACAAAUUACAGUAUCUGACGCAUGCUGACUGGAUCAUAGCCAUGAAAGAUGGAAGUGUCCUAAGAGAAGGAACUUUGAAGGACAUUCAGACCAAAGAUGUUGAGCUUUAUGAACACUGGAAAACACUUAUGAAUCGGCAAGAUCAAGAAUUAGAAAAGGAUAUGGAAGCUGACCAAACUACUUUAGAGAGGAAAACUCUCCGACGGGCCAUGUAUUCAAGAGAAGCCAAAGCCCAGAUGGAGGACGAAGACGAAGAGGAAGAAGAGGAGGAAGAUGAGGAUGAUAACAUGUCCACUGUAAUGAGGCUCAGGACUAAAAUGCCAUGGAAAACCUGCUGGCGCUACUUGACAUCUGGAGGAUUCUUCCUGCUCAUCCUGAUGAUUUUCUCUAAGCUUUUGAAGCAUUCGGUCAUUGUAGCUAUAGACUAUUGGCUGGCCACAUGGACAUCGGAGUACAGUAUAAACAAUACUGGAAAAGCUGAUCAGACCUACUAUGUGGCUGGCUUUAGCAUACUCUGUGGAGCAGGCAUUUUCCUUUGCCUUGUUACAUCCCUCACUGUAGAAUGGAUGGGUCUCACAGCUGCCAAAAAUCUUCACCACAACCUUCUCAAUAAGAUAAUCCUUGGACCAAUAAGGUUUUUUGAUACCACACCCCUGGGACUGAUUCUCAAUCGCUUUUCAGCUGAUACUAAUAUCAUUGAUCAGCACAUCCCUCCAACCUUGGAAUCUCUAACUCGCUCAACACUGCUCUGCCUGUCUGCCAUUGGGAUGAUUUCUUAUGCUACUCCUGUGUUCCUGGUUGCUCUCCUGCCCCUUGGUGUUGCCUUUUAUUUUAUCCAGAAAUACUUUCGGGUUGCCUCUAAGGACCUCCAGGAACUUGACGAUAGUACCCAACUCCCUCUGCUCUGUCACUUCUCAGAAACAGCAGAAGGACUCACCACCAUUCGGGCCUUUAGGCAUGAAACCAGAUUUAAACAACGUAUGCUGGAACUGACGGAUACAAACAACAUUGCCUACUUAUUUCUCUCAGCUGCCAACAGAUGGCUGGAGGUCAGGACGGAUUAUCUGGGAGCUUGCAUUGUCCUCACUGCAUCUAUAGCAUCCAUUAGUGGGUCUUCGAAUUCUGGAUUGGUAGGCUUGGGUCUUCUGUAUGCACUUACGAUAACCAAUUAUUUGAAUUGGGUUGUGAGGAACUUGGCUGACCUGGAGGUCCAGAUGGGUGCAGUGAAGAAGGUGAACAGUUUCCUGACUAUGGAGUCAGAGAACUAUGAAGGCACAAUGGAUCCUUCUCAAGUUCCAGAACAUUGGCCACAAGAAGGGGAGAUCAAGAUACAUGAUCUGUGUGUCAGAUAUGAAAAUAAUCUGAAACCUGUUCUUAAGCACGUCAAGGCUUACAUCAAACCUGGACAAAAGGUGGGCAUAUGUGGUCGCACUGGCAGUGGGAAAUCAUCGUUAUCUCUGGCUUUCUUCAGAAUGGUUGAUAUAUUUGAUGGAAAAAUUGUCAUUGAUGGGAUAGACAUUUCCAAAUUACCACUGCACACACUACGUUCUAGACUUUCAAUCAUUCUGCAGGAUCCAAUACUAUUCAGUGGUUCCAUUAGAUUUAAUUUAGAUCCAGAGUGCAAAUGCACAGAUGACAGACUCUGGGAAGCCUUAGAAAUUGCUCAGCUGAAGAAUAUGGUCAAAUCUCUACCAGGAGGUCUAGAUGCGGUUGUCACUGAAGGUGGGGAGAAUUUUAGCGUUGGACAGAGACAGCUAUUUUGCCUUGCCAGGGCCUUUGUCCGCAAAAGCAGCAUUCUUAUUAUGGAUGAGGCAACAGCUUCCAUUGACAUGGCCACAGAGAAUAUUUUGCAAAAAGUAGUAAUGACAGCCUUUGCAGACCGGACCGUGGUGACAAUAGCUCAUCGAGUACACACUAUUCUGACGGCAGACCUGGUUAUUGUGAUGAAGCGAGGAAAUAUUUUAGAAUAUGACACUCCAGAAAGCCUCUUGGCUCAGGAAGAUGGAGUAUUUGCUUCUUUUGUUCGCGCAGACAUGUGAAGGAGUGUCUUAAAACAAUACAUGUAUUUAAAAUAAUGCAGUCAUAACCUAAUUAAUGGAUCAUCAGCUUGACCUCUGUAAAGUGGCAUCUUAAAACUUUUACAGAUUUUUGCACAAAAAGUGGACAUUUAUUUUUCCUGUUUUUAAAACAGUUUUUCAAGAUAUUAUUGCUUAAUAUGUUCAUUAUUGAUGUUUUUAUAGUGAUCCAGCCACUCUAGCUUUAAGAAUAGCUAGGUUGUAUUAAAACAUGUAAGCUACUUUAAGUGGUAAAUCAAUAGCUAAAGUUUUCUCCUAACUUUAAGUCUGGUAAAUAUCUCUCAGGAAUGGAAGUUUCAAUGAGUAGUCAGUAUUACUAUACUCUUGUUUGUAAGAAUAUAUUUUCCUUAUUGUUGGAGUCUCCAGAGGUUAUUGGAAGGAAUAAAAAAGGACAUGUUUUCUAACGAAACUCUCAAAUUCAUUAUCUACUUCAUGAGAAUUUAUUUGUAUUCAUUAACAUUAGUAAUACCUAUUUUUCUUAAGAGCCUUCUUUUUUCCCUUUUGUUUCUUGUCACCAAGAAGUUAUCACACUUAUACUUAUUCUAUAAGGCCAAAGCCUUAUCUAGAAAGAUCAUGAAGAGUUUUGAUAUUUUUAAAACUAUACUCAAAUUUUCAUUUUUUCCUGUCCUGUAAAGAGAGAAUUCUUAAGAUAUCAGGCAUAAUAUAUGUACCUUUUCCAGACUGAAGUUCAAAGAAUGAUUAGGUUCAAUCUUUCAGUGGCAGGCCAGCUAAACUUUCUAUAGUUUAAUGAUUAGCUGUGGUUGUGAUCUUGAGCCCUAACAUGCCACAUUACUCAAGAUUUACACAGGCAAGUGACUUCAUUUGGCACUGCUAAUAAUGGCAGGUGAACAUUCCUCUCAGGUGUGAGAUAUUUCCUAUGAAACAGUCCACUGGCAGGCUGGAGAUAUCUUACACUUUGAAGUUAUAUAUAUAUAAAACAAGUGUCUAUUUCUAGCUGAAAGAGUUUACCUCUUCUAGACAUUUAUGCCCAAUGGUGUCACAUAUGAUCAUUUGCUCCUGCUCUAAUUUUAAUGUGCAUACAAAAAAUAUACCAAAAAUGUUAUUGUAAUUGUAAUGAGCAUGUAAAGAGUGUAUCAAAAAUUGAUGGGAUAUUAGUGUUAGGUUUUGCUUAAAUGAAAAUUAAUAAAUUCAAAAAUACUAAAAGUCACCUUCUUUGUCACGUUAGCAACCAGUUUCUACUAUUCUGUGCCCAUCCAGUGUCAAUAUCAUUGAUUUCUUUUUCAUAUGAAGAUCCACAUGCAUUGUAAGAUUGUGAAGAUUUAUAAAAUUGAUGAAUUAAGAAAAAUUAUGCUGCUUUCCUAUAGUUUCUGUGUUCUGUUUAUUGUAUGGUGUAUUCACUCUUGGAAAAUAUGUAAUAGUUGUGUAUCCAGAAUAUGUGUCUUCACCUGAAUAUUUAAUCUUUAUAUUUACAAAAAAAUAAGUUCCACAAGAUGGACAAAAAUGGUCCAUGAUAUUUAGCUUAAAUUGUAACCUUUUGUUGUGUAUAUAAAACUUCAUUGGAAGAAAAUAACCUUAUUGUUUUCUUAAAGCUAAACAGAAUAGGAUUGGUACUCAUUAAUUAUGUCUUGCAAAUAUUUUCUAAAAAUUCAACCACUCUCCUAAAAUGGCGUUUAAAUAUUUUGUAGGGCAGAAUAUGCAUAUUGCCUGUUAGCAAGUAAUAAUUCAUUCUCAUAGAGAAAUGGGUUUUUACCCAUGGAAGUAAUCUUUUAAUGAUAUUUUCUUAUUAUAUUGCUACAGGCAACAUCAGUAGAAGCCUAUCUAGUUACACUAAACUAAAGAUCACAUUCACCAUUCUUACAGCCAAGUGGUUGCUGGUCCCCUCGUAACUUUUAGUUACUUAAGUUGAGUAAAUGUCUAAUUGUUUACAAACUAAAUUGACUAAAUAAGGUCAAGGAUAAUGUUUUUCAUUGAUUAACCAUUUAUUAUACAUAUAAUCUAUUGAUUAUAAAAAGAUUCACCUUGAAAUAAUAUUUAACUAUAUAGGUACAUAUCUGUAAAAGAUGACCACCUUAACUAAAUCAGAUUUUACACUUAUAAAUUUUAUAUUUAAUUAGUCAAAUCAAUUUUUAAAGCAUAACUCCUUAAUCUCAUAAGAAGCAAUAAAUGCAUAAAGCAUUAUAUUAAAAUACCAGGGUUACUUAUGUCAUUGACAGGGAAAAGACUUUGUAUAAACAAUUGUGCACCAUCUAUUUUUGUACUCUUACUCAUGAUCCAUUUAAAAGUCUACUCAGCUCUAGAUUAGAUACCAGAAGACCCUCUAAGUAACUGAUAACUGAGAUUCGGGACCAUGUCUUGUUUGCCAUUGUGCCCUUGGAAUUUAAUACAAGUGCCUAACCCACAGUAGGGUUGAUUGAUUUCACUGAUUAGUUUUACUGCCAUGUGCCUAUAACUAUAGGUUAUUCUCUUUCCUUUUCUAUGUUGUGUUUAUUCUAUUUAUUCUCUACAAUAUAUAAAAUGUAUUUGUUCUCUACAAUAAAUGUGUCUAUUCUCUACAAUAUAUAAAAACAUAUUGGACUACUAUUACAUAAUUAAAUUACUCUUUUAUUUGCUUAAA